CUGGCUGGCUUUGUUUGCUAUUUCCUUCCACCGUCACAAUCCCAUCCAUGAUGAGUUGACUCGUUCGACUGAUCCCCCAACUCGGUGUCAUGCUGCUGCACUGUGUCUCCACUGCUUCGUGCGUCACCAGUCUUGUGCGUCGUCGUCGGAGGACGAAACGUAAAGGAGGAGGCAUCGCGUGUUUCAGAUCGUAGCAGGUGGAGUUUUGGAGAGUUUGCUCAGUCCGGGUGCAGCUGCUAGUGUGUUCUUUCAGAUUGAAUCACGUGAGGGUGGAGUUUUUCAAGGGAUUGCACACCUGCGAGGUUUCUGGGGUUCAUGGAUUCCGCAACCCUGUAGCAAUUUUUGGGUGUGGAUUGUGAUCCCGUAAGAGUCACCAAGGGAGAUUUGCUAUGGAGACCGCCGUGCAGGGAGGAGAGCACCGCCCCCCGAGGGAUUCAGUGCUACACCGCAUUCCGUCGUGGAAGGAGAUGUGUGACAUAACGGGUCCGGCAAAUAGCUCGCCUGCUCGACCUCCACGCGGUCCAACUCGUGCACAUAGCCCUCCUACCUCAGAAUUGGAGAACAACGGCUCCUUCACCAAGCUCGCUCCUCCCGCCAUGGUAUCUAAGGAGGUUGUGAAUCAGGAACUUGGUAAGAGCGAACAGGCGAGGUCGGAACCACCACACCAACAGGUUGAUGCCAUGAAAAUAAAAGCCAGAUCCGAGAAACUGAACCAGAUUGUGAAUCCUAGCUCCUUGAAUGUCAACAAUGCGCAGUUGGCUUUGUACAUAGCCAUGGCACAUGCAGGGCUCGUGCUUGGAAUAAUUGUAAUAUUGGGCGUUGUCCUUUUGUUGAAAGGCUAUUGGAAGCCAAUCCAGUGGGCUGUAUUGAUCUCCAUGCCUCUCCGGGAAAUACAAACCGUUUUGGUGAGCUUUUGGCAGGGGCCGCUUGAGGCAGGGAUUGUUGAGACUAUUUUGGCCGUGCCAGCGUUUGUUCUGAAGAAUUUAGUGGAGACAGGGCACGAUGCACGGGAGGCUGUAUUGGGCAUGGCUGGCAUGGUGGGCAGGGGGAGUGAUUCUUUGCCCAAAAAGAAAAUUGGUUUUGCGAAGCUCUCGCGGUGGCUUCUCGCUUUUGCAGUGUGCACAGUUCUGUAUGACUUCCUUGGGCCUGCUGUGCUUGCUUCCGCGGCGUUUGUGGGGCUGUUGAGUUACGCUGGGUUGACGACACUGUGGCCGUUGUUUGAAAGCACUCCUCAUGAGAGUCCAGCUUUGAAAAGCAAGCCUGCAAAUGGCUUGACUCGGAUCUACAGGUGGACGAUUCAGCCGGUUGUUGACGCUCUGCGAUGGAGCAACCGUGGUGUAACUCGAUCACUAGCUGCAAAACUACCUACUGUAGUAGCGAUUGUGCUAAUCCUAUUCAUGAUUAUGAGUUUCCUUGGCGGCUCAAUCUUAUUCACCUACAAAGUGGGCAUGGAGACCAAGGAUGCGAUUGUUACACUCAAAGCACACGUCGAACAUAAUAACUAUGCGGAGAUGACAGGGCUCAACAAAUGGGUGGAGGAGAACAAUGUAACUCAGCAGGUCGAUUCCUACAUGAGCCAAGCUUACGAGACGUUACUUGAACAGAUCGAUGCUUUCGCCGAGAAGAACAAUAUGACUGAAGCUGUCAAUGUCGGCAAACAAUUUUUGAGGGGAAUUUCGCACAAAGAGAGAGUGAUUGGCGCUCAAAACGAGACUGGGUCCAUGGAGGUGGUUGUGCCGUCGCAUCCCCUCGUCGAGAAGCUUCAAAAUAUUAAGGUGAAACUACGGACUUAUGACUUUGGAGGGGCCUAUGCAGAGGGCGGGGCUGCAGCGAGUCUUGGCCUUGACCUGUUUCAGGUUCGCCAAGAUGACCUGAUGGAAAGCGCAAAACAAGCAUUACGAAGCUUUUCAGAUGUUGGGAAAACAGUGGUACUCAGUGGUUCAAGUCUGAUGGGAAGGGCCUUUUACCUUAUCAUCUCUUUCUGGAGCUCAAUCGCCUCCGGGGCUGUGGGGUUUAUUAACUUCAUCACCCAGACCAUCAUUUUUUUCUCGGUGUUGUAUUACCUCAUUACUUCAGAGUCAGGCGGUGUCAUGAACCAAAUGCUCAACAUGGUGCCCCUCUCAGAUUCUGUUCGGAGCCGCUGCGCCAACGUCCUUGACCAUGCUGUGAGCUCAGUCCUUUUGGCUACCUUGAAGGCUGCAAUCUUCCAGGCGACCUUUACUUGGCUCUUAUACACGUGGUUUCGAAUCCACUUCCUGUACAUGGCCACAUUCCUCGCCAUGUCGCAAGGCGUGCUCCCUCUCUUCCCCAAUUGGUUGGCCUCUAUCCCAGGCGGCGCGCAGCUUGCACUCGAGGGACGGUAUGCCGAGGCCGCGGCGCUUGUGAUUUUGCACGUGUAUGGGAUGGACUACGGCUUGUCGAAAAUCCACAUGGAGAUUCCAGGCCACAACGGUUAUCUCACAGGCCUGAGCAUUGCCGGCGGCAUGGCUUUGUUUUCCCCUGCUCUCGAAGGUGCAAUUCUGGGACCACUUAUUAUGACAGUGCUUCUCGCUGCGAAAAACCUCUAUGGCGAGUUUGUGUUGGGCAUUCCCAUGGAUCUGAACUCCUGAAAGCACCCGCCGACAAUGCACCGACAACCCACAGACAAGGGUCAACGGUGGUCAGUUGCGAAGAAACUUCUUGCAUUGACUUUAGGCUACUAGGAAGCUUCUGGCAAUAUGUUGGAUUCUUCCUUUGUAAGAGCUACGCCCUUUGUGUAGAAAAUUUCCGGCUCCCACAUGUGCGACAAGUUGAGUGUCGGUAGUAGUUUGCUGCCGUGUUUUUGUAAUAGAUCAAUGUGGUUUUUGUGUCUGUUUCGGUGCAGCAUAAGACUCAAUUCUGCACCGAAGCUUGUAGAUAACAUGCUUGUGCUAAGAGUAUAAAACAAUCCACAUUCCUGGAGGUUGAAUUGAACUGAAAAAAUCCUACGUUUAUUGCCGAUUUCGUGCUUGCAAGGUUUUUGAGGUCGUGCUCUAUUCGUGUAUAGAAAGGGGAAUCCGAAAAAGUUGACUUCAAGAAUUCGUAAAGGAUCAAAUUUUGUUGUGA